AUGUCGCUACCUCGCCCUGAGGACCCCAUUCCGCGCAUGAUGUUCAGAUUUUUCCUAACUUUUGAAUCAACAGAAUUCGCCCGUCGAAUUCACCGAAGGGCGACCCCGACGGGUGGAGGGACUAACUGUACGGGUCAAAAUCUGACCACAAGAUGGUUCUCUAAAAAGAACGACAAGGGGUCGACCAAAUCGCACUCGUACCCACGAGGCGUGGUAGCAGGCAAUCACCUCGGCCACUGUCGAGAUCGAGCCGUCAGAAGGCCUGCGCGACAACGCAUACGUAGCACUACCCGGGCAAUCGAGAAAGAGUCUGAAGUUUCUCAUCAUCUUUCUCCAACCGGGCCUGUUAAUCUCGUCUCUGACGAUGAUGUUGCUACGCCUCAUGAUACUCAUGAGUCGAUUAACCAACUUUUCAUUAGUGGUUUUGAGAGUGGCGAGUUAGGACCCGUUUUGGAUAAACCUCUCCUAUCUUCUUCUUCAACUCCUAUACCUUCUGUUCCUUCCCUUCCUUCUUCUGCCGUGCCUUUGGUUCCUUCCUUAUCCGCUCCAACUUCUUCCGUGCCUUUGGUUCCUUCCUUAUCUGCUCCAACUUCUUCUGCACCUCCCGUUGUUGUUUUCACUUCUUCUACCGAUCCUCCUUCUACUGUCCACAAUGUAGAAGCGGUUUCCGAAGCUGAAGCUACCGGAGUUCAUGUUCCCGUGAGUGAAGUUCCCUUAACUGAAACUUCUGCGGUUGAAGUCCCCAUGACCGCUGGAAUUGCCUCGGGUGAUGCACCCUCUUCAAGCUCAAUCGUACCCCUUAUUGCAAGUCAAGUUGAAACUUCAUCUAUUGAUACUCCAAUAGUUGGAAAUCAACCCACUUCCGUUGGUGAUGCUGUUCCAGUUGAGCCCGCUGAUGAUCCUUCUUCAAUCAUUUCCUCUCAGUGA